AUCAAAUCGAAUAUUCGUUCUCCGAACUCAGCACCCAAGCUUGUCAUGCCACGAAAGUCCCACCGCAAAUCGCGGAAUGGCUGUAGGACUUGUAAAAGCAGGCACGUCAAGUGCGAUGAGAUGAAGCCUGAGUGCUCAAACUGCCUCAACCAUUCAGUCCAGUGCGUGUAUGGCCCAUCCCCGAAGGACGCCCAACCAGCCGUGGCGAACACUCGAAAACCCUCAAGAGCAAGAGCAGAGCUUCCAGGAAUAAACACCUUCAAGGUACAGUUUGUUGAGUUCAAUUAUGUGAACGUCUCUGCUGCUCCAGCUGCCCCUGCUGCCCCUGCUGCAAGUCCGGCUGAAGAAGAUCGUGAACCUGUGUCCACAGAUCCAGCUUUCUGCCUCGAAGAUUUCGAGCUCCAGCACUUUUUCCUCACUUCAACAUGCUUGAGCCUAAUGGAAGACGCCCCAAGCCUCACCUUUUGGCAGUCCGUGGUGCCGCGCACGGCAUGCAGGUUUCCGAUUGUUCAUCACUUGAUGCUCGCGCUCGCCUGUCUGCAUAUGGCCCGGAGCCCGAGCCCGAGCCCGGAGCCGGAGCAUCACCACAAUCGCAAUCGCUGUCCCUUGCGCUUUGACUACCACUACGGAACUGGUCUGCAGCUGCUGUCGAAUGGACUGGCUCAACCCCAAGCCCUCGCGAAUGCGACUCAUGGCGCCGACGCGAUCUGGAUCGGAUCCAUUCUCGUGUGUUUCAUCGGCCUGGCCCGCGGGCCCCGAGCCGACGAGUAUCUGUUUUUCAACCGCGGCGGGGCCGCCGCCCCCGUCGAGUGGCUGACGCUGCUGCGCGGGGUCAACACCAUCUCCACCAUGUUGCGCAAGGGGCGUGCUGCUGCUGGCUCCGCCGAAGAAGAGCGGCACCAAGAUCUUUCAGAAAAUCAAAGACAUCCAAUCCAGAAUUCCGCUGCUGCUGGGACCCACUGCACCGGGUAUCAAGAGGCCCUUACCCGGGUGCGCGAGUUCACUGAAGAGCGGGCAGCCGCGGAUCCCCUGUUGCCCAUAUAUCGAAUGGCCAUUGAGCAUACUCUCAGGGCGUUUCAAAUGGCCUUUCCCGGUCGAAUUGAAGAUCGUCCAGGCUGUGCACUACCGGCAGCAACUGCAAUGGCAACGAGACCGGAGCCAUUUGGGUUCGUCCUGUUUACGUGGGUGACGCAGAUGGAGGAGUUGUUCUGGGAUGCGUUGCAGGAGAAACGGCCCGUGGCGUUGGUGAUCCUGGCGCAUUUUGUGGUGCUUAUGUAUCGGCUGGAUAAGACGUGGGUCUCGCAUGGGUGGCCGGAGCAUAUCUUACGGGGGAUAUGGACUUUCCUGGGGAAGGAGGAUCGGGUGUUGGUGAGAUGGCCUAUUGAUGAGAUUCGGAUUUUGGAUUUGUGA